CCGGCGAGCAGCAGCCGCGUCCUCCCGCAUCUUUUCCGCCGCCAGCUGCGGUUGCAGCGGGAGAUGGACGAGAUGAAGCGCGUGCCGGAGGAUGCCAGAUGGAGACUGGAGAGGAGCUGCGAAUAACCCUCGGUGGAAGAUGGCAGAAGGGGGAGAGGGAGAAGAGGAGAUUCAGUUCCUGCGAACGGAUGACCAGGUCGUUCUGCAGUGCACCGCCUCCGUCCUGAAGGAGCAGCAAAUCAAACUAUGUCUCUCCUGCGAGGGCUUCGGGAACCGUCUUUGCUUCCUGGAAACCACAUCCAACGCUCAGAAUGUGCCCCCAGACCUGGCCAUAUGCACCUUCAUUCUGGAGCAGUCCCUCUCGGUCCGUGCCUUGGUGGAGAUGCUGGCCAACACAGUGGAGAUGACGGAGUCGUCUCAAGGUGGAGGCCAUCGCACUUUACUGUAUGGUCAUGCCAUCCUUCUGAGACACCACCACUCAGGCAUGUACCUGAGCUGCUUGACUACAUCUCGAUCCCUCACUGACAAGCUGGCCUUCGACGUGGGCUUGCAAGAGGAUUCCACUGGUGAGGCAUGUUGGUGGACUAUUCAUCCAGCAUCAAAGCAAAGGUCAGAAGGUGAAAAGGUCCGGGUGGGUGACGACCUCAUCCUUGUCAGCGUGUCCUCUGAGAGAUACCUGCAUCUGUCCUACGCCAGUGGAGAUUUGAUGGUGGAUGCCUCCUUCAUGCAAACACUGUGGAACAUGAACCCUAUUAGUUCAGGAUGUGAACUAGCUGAGGGGUUUCUGACAGGGGGCCACGUUCUCAGGCUGUUCCACGGCCACAUGGACGAGUGUCUGGCCAUCCCUACUCCAGAAGAAGGAGAGGAAAAACGCAGGAUGGCUCACUAUGAAGGCGGUGCUGUUUGCAGCCAGGCUCGAUCCCUGUGGAGGUUGGAGCCGCUCAGAAUCAGCUGGAGUGGUAGCCACAUGAAGUGGGGGCAGUCUUUUCGUAUUCGCCACAUCACCACGGGCCGGUACCUGUGUCUAGAUGAUGACAAGGUCCUGAUGGUGGUGGACCCAGAGAAGGCCAAAACUCAACUCUCUGCAUUCUGUUUUCGUGUUUCAAAGGAGAAGGUGGACGUGGCUCAUAAGCGUGAUGUUGAAGGGAUGGGCAUCCCGGAGAUAAAGUAUGGAGAGUCCAUGUGUUUUGUCCAGCAUGUGUCCACAAGUCUGUGGCUCACAUAUGCCGCCCUCGAUGCUAAAGCUGCUCGUUUAGGAACGAUGAAGAGAAGGGUCAUUCUGCAUCAGGAAGGUCACAUGGACGAUGCUCUGACUGUGUCCCGCUCCCAAACUGAAGAGUCUCAGGCUGCUCGAAUGAUUUACAGCACCACGGGCCUCUUCAGGCAGUUCAUCAAGGGACUGGACUCCCUGAGUGGGAAGAACAAGUCUCCAGGUCCGGUGUCCCUCCCUCUGGAGGGAGUUGUCCUCUCUCUUCAGGAUCUCAUCUUUUACUUUCGUCCACCCGAGGAGGAACUGGAGCACGAAGAGAAACAGACCAAGCUCCGCUCCCUUCGCAACCGACAAAACCUCUUCCAAGAGGAGGGAAUGAUAACCAUCGUCCUGGAGUGCAUCGACCGCCUGAACGUCUACAACACUGCUGCCCACUUUUCUGAAUUUGCUGGAGAAGAGGCAGCUGAGUCCUGGAAGGAGAUUGUCAACCUCCUCUACGAACUGCUGGCUUCGCUAAUCAGGGGGAACCGCUCGAACUGUGCGCUGUUCUGUGAUAAUCUGGACUGGCUGGUCAGCAAGCUGGAUCGACUGGAGGCCUCCUCAGGAAUUCUUGAGGUGCUGUACUGCGUCCUUAUUGAAAGCCCUGAAGUUCUGAACAUCAUCCAGGAGAACCACAUUAAAUCCAUCAUCUCUCUCCUGGACAAACAUGGAAGGAACCACAAGGUUCUGGAUGUCUUGCGCUCUCUGUGUGUGUGUAACGGUGUAGCUGUGAGGUCCAACCAGAACCUCAUCACUGAAAACCUCCUUCCAGGUCGAGACCUUUUGUUGCAGACCAACAUCGUAAACUAUGCCACAAGUGUAAGGCCAAACAUCUUCCUGGGUACAUGUGAGGGGUCCACACAGUAUAAGAAGUGGUACUAUGAGAUGAUAGUAGACUACGUGGAACCCUUUGUGACAGCGCAGGCCACCCACCUGCGGGUGGGCUGGGGUAUGACGGAGGGCUACAGCCCCUACCCUGGAGGAGGAGAAGGCUGGGGAGGCAACGGUGUGGGAGAUGACCUGUACUCUUACGGCUUUGAUGGACUGCAUCUAUGGUCAGGUACGAUGGCCCGCCAGGUGGCUUCGCCCAGCGCCCACACGCUGGCUGCAGAUGACGUCGUCAGCUGCUGUUUGGAUCUGAGCGUGCCCAGUAUCUCCUUCCGUAUUAAUGGUCACCCGGUUCAGGGCAUGUUUGAAAACUUCAACGUGGACGGCCUCUUCUUCCCGGUCAUCAGCUUCUCUGCUGGAGUCAAGGCUCGGUUCCUUCUUGGUGGUCGCCACGGUGAAUUUAAGUUCAUGCCCCCACCAGGUUACGCCCCGUGCUACGAGGCUUUGCUGCCAAGAGAAAGGAUGCGUAUUGAACCCAUCAAGGAGUACAAGCAUGACUUCAACGGUGUGCGCAACCUUCUGGGUCCUACCCAGUCCCUCACCCACACCUCAUUCACCCCCUGCCCUGUGGACACAGUUCAGAUUGUGUUGCCGCCCCACUUGGAACGUAUCCGGGAGAAGCUGGCUGAGAAUAUUCAUGAGCUCUGGGCCGUCACUCGUAUCGAGCAGGGAUGGACCUAUGGAACGCUGAGGGACGACAACAAGAAACUUCAUCCUUGUUUGGUGGACUUCUUAAGUCUCCCUGAACCAGAGAGAAACUACAACCUGCAGAUGUCUGGCGAGACUCUCAAGACUCUCCUGGCCUUGGGUUGCCACGUCGGCAUGGGUGAUGAGAAAGCAGAGGAGAAUCUCAAGAAGAUCAAGUUGCCUAAGACCUAUGUGAUGACCAACGGCUACAAGCCUGCACCCUUGGACCUCAACCAUGUCAAACUGACACCAAACCAGAAUCAGCUUGUGGAAAAAUUGGCAGAGAAUGGGCAUAAUGUUUGGGCGAGGGACCGGGUACGACAAGGAUGGACCUACAGCAUUGUGCAGGACAUCGUGAACAAGAGAAACCCUCGUCUGGUACCAUACAACCUGCUGGAUGAGAGAACUAAGAAAACCAACCGUGACAGUGUUAACAACGCUGUCCGCACCCUCAUUGGCUACGGCUACAACAUAGAGCCUCCAGACCAGGAGAGCACUGGCCAUGGUCUUGAGAACAUUCGUGGGGACAAGGUACGAAUUUUCAGGGCUGAGAAGUCGUACGCUGUCACCCAAGGGAAGUGGUACUUUGAGUUUGAAGCUGUAACUACAGGAGAGAUGAGAGUCGGAUGGGCACGUCCCAGUGUCCGUGCUGACACUGAACUGGGAGCCGAUGAACUGGCCUACGUCUUUAACGGCAAUAAGGCUCAAAGAUGGCAUAUUGGCAAUGAACCAUUUGGCCGGCAGUGGCAGUCCGGUGACGUGGUUGGUUGCAUGAUCGACCUGACUGAGAUGAACAUUAUGUUCACGCUCAACGGGGAAAUGCUGAUCAGUGAUUCAGGCUCAGAGAUGGCUUUCAAAGACAUUGAAAUUGGGGAAGGUUUUCUCCCAGUGUGCGCUCUGGGCCUGUCUCAGGUUGGAAGAAUCAAUCUGGGUCAGAAUGUCAGCAGCCUGCGCUAUUUUGCCAUCUGUGGCCUGCAGGAGGGAUUCGAACCAUUUGCCAUCAAUAUGAAGCGAGACAUUACCAUGUGGUUCAGUAAGAGUUUGCCCCAGUUUGUGCCUGUGCCCACCGACCACAAUCACGUUGAGGUGUCCCGCGUGGAUGGGACGGUGGACAGCGCCCCCUGUCUGAAGAUGACUCAUAAGACCUUCGGGUCACAGAACGCCAACACUGACAUGAUGUUCCUGAGACUCAGCAUGCCGGUCCAGUUCCAUGAGACCUUCAAAAUCCCAGCUGGCACCACCCCUCUGACUCGUACUCUCACCAUUCCUGAGGAGGAGGUGGUUGUGGUGGAGCCCGACUCAGAGUUUGAAGUCCUGAAGAAGUCGGCCAGCCGUAAGGAACAGGAGGAGGAAAAGAAGGAGCCGUCUGUGGCGAAGGAGCUCUCUGUGGAAAACGAGAAGGAUGCAGCUUCAGAAAAGGGAAAGAAAAAAGGAUUUUUCUCCAAAGCCAAGAAGGCUGCCAUGACACCUCUUGCCCCUCCUCCUGCCCCACCGACAGUGCCUCGUUUGGUGGAAGAUGUGGUCCCUGAUGACAGAGAUGACCCUGAGAUCAUCCUCAGCACCACCACUUACUACUACUCUGUGAGGAUCUUUGCUGGACAGGAGCCAUCUGCUGUGUGGGUUGGCUGGGUUACCCCCGAUUACCACCAGUUUGAUCCGAGCUUUGACCUUACCAAGGUGCGCAACGUCACAGUCACUGUGGGAGACGACAGAGGCAACAUACACGACAGCAUGAAGCACAGUAACUGUUACAUGGUGUGGGGAGGGGACCUGGUCAGCACCCAGCAGACUCGUUUCAGCCAGGAGGACAUGGUGGUUGGCUGCCUGGUUGACCUGGCAACAGGUCUCAUGACCUUUACAGCUAAUGGAAAGGAGAUCAACACGUUCUACCAGGUUGAGCCCAACACCAAGCUGUUCCCUGCAGUCUUCAUUCAGCCCACCAGUCAGAAUAUGGCACAGCUGGAGCUGGGAAAACUCAAGAACAUCAUGCCCAUUUCAGCCGCGAUGUUCCGCAGUGAACGCAACAAUCCAGUUCCCCAGUGCCCUCCCAGGCUGGAUGUCCAGAUGCUGACUCCGGUUAUUUGGAGUCGUAUGCCCAAUCACUUCCUCAACCCGGAGGUGGGCAAAGUGAACGAGAGGCUGGGCUGGAUGGUGGAGUGUAUCGAACCGCUCAUCAUGAUGGCCCUGCACAUCCCUGAAGAGAACAGGUGCAUUGACAUCCUGGAGCUGUCAGAGCGUCAGGAUCUGAUGAAGUUCCACUAUCACACGCUCAUGCUCUACUGUGCUGUUUGUGCACUUGGUAACAACCGAGUCGCUCAUGCUCUGUGCAGCCACGUGGAUGAGUCCCAGCUUUUCUACGCUAUCGAAAACACCUACCUACCUGGACCCCUCCGCAGUGGCUACUACGACCUGCUCAUCAGCAUUCACCUAGAGUCAGCCAAACGUGCACGCUUGGGCACAAACAAGGAGUUUAUCGUACCCAUGACGGAGGAGACGCUCAGCAUCCACCUCUAUCCAGAUUCAAAGAAGGCCCAUUCGUUACCUGGAGUUGGCCUCACCACCUGCUUACGGCCGAAGCUGCAUUUCUCUUCUAUUAACUUCGUUGGCACUGACCCUGAUUUAUACACCCUUAGUCCCAUCUUUCCACUGCAGGAACUGAAAACCAGGGCCAUCAGCAUGCUGACAGAAGCUGUGCUGGAUGGAAGCCAAGCCAUGCGGGAUCCGGUGGGGGGCAGCGUGGACUUCCACUUCGUCCCCAUCCUGAAGCUCAUCAGCACACUGCUCAUUAUGGGCAUUUUCAACGAUGACGACUGUAAACACAUCCUCAAGAUGAUCGACCCCAAUGUGUUCAGCGGUAAAGAAGAGGAGGAAGAGGAAGGAGAAAAAACUGAGGAGGGUGAAGCAGCUGAAGGAGAAGGCAAGGAGGAGGAAGAAGAUACAGAGGAGGUUGAGCUUGAAGACGAGGGGGUUGGUGAUGAGGAAGAGGAAGAGCUGAAAGAUCUGGAGAAAGGAGUGCAGGAGGAGGAAAAAUCCAAGGAGGAAGGUGAAGAGGGGGAGAAGGAAGACAAGGACGAGGCCAAAGGGGGUAAAGUGGAUGGAGAGAAAGCAGAGGAAGAAAAGGAGGAAGAGGCAGUGGAAGGAGAAGCACAAGAAGAGGAGGAGGGACCAGAGGAAGGACUUCUUCAGAUGAAGCUGCCGGAGUCCGUCAAACUACAGAUGUGCACCCUCCUGCAGUACUUCUGCGACUGCGAGCUCAGACACCGGGUGGAGGCUAUCGUGGCCUACUCAGAUAACUUUGUCUAUGAUAUUCAAAGCAAUCAGCGCGUGCGUUACAACCAGCUGAUGAGAGCCUUCACCAUGUCGGCUGCUGAGACUGCUCGCAAGACCCGCGAGUUCCGUUCACCCCCGCAAGACCAGGUUCUUUUGCUGACCAACUUUAAACACGGUCCAGAAGAUGAAGAUUGUCCGGUUCCUGAGGAGGUGCGGGACACUCUGGAAAAGUUCCAUAAUGACAUUUUACUUCACUGUGGUAUACAUAUUGAGGAGGAGGCAGAGGAGGAGGAGGUGGACACUUCGCUGAGGGGUAGACUCCUCAGUCUGGUGGAAAAGGUUAAAACCUUUCGCAAGAAGGAGGAAGAGGAGAAGCCGGAAGUUGAGGAAGAACCAAAGCCCAGCACCCUUCAGGAACUGAUCUCCCACACCAUGAUCCACUGGGCCCAGGAGUCGUUCAUCCAGAACCCGGAGCUGGUGCGCCUGAUGUUCAGCCUGCUCCACAGACAGUACGAUGGGCUCGGCGAGCUGAUCCGAGCUCUACCUAAAGCCUACGCCAUCAACGCUGUGUCUGUUCAAGACACCAUGGACCUGCUGGAGUGUCUGGGACAGAUCCGCUCGCUGCUUAUUGUCCAGAUGGGUCCAGAGGAGGAGCGGCUUAUGAUCCAGAGCAUCGGGAACAUCAUGAACAACAAGGUGUUCUACCAACACCCCAACCUGAUGAGAGCUCUCGGUAUGCAUGAGACCGUCAUGGAGGUGAUGGUCAAUGUGUUAGGCGGAGGAGGCGACUCAAAGGAGAUUCGAUUCCCGCUGAUGGUUACCAGCUGCUGUCGUUUCCUGUGUUACUUCUGUCGUAUCAGCAGGCAGAAUCAGCGUGCCAUGUUUGACCAUCUCAGCUACCUGUUGCAGAACAGUGGCAUUGGCCUGGGCAUGCGUGGCUCCACGCCUCUGGACGUGGCUGCAGCCUCCUGUAUCGACAAUAAUGAGCUGGCCUUGGCUUUACAAGAGCAGGAUCUGGAAAUGGUGGUGACGUACCUGGCAGGUUGCGGGCUGCGGAUGUGUCCAAUGCUCCUCUCCAAGGGCUACCCUGACAUUGGCUGGAACCCCUGUGGAGGAGAGAGAUAUCUGGAUUUCCUUCGCUUUGCUGUCUUUGUUAAUGGAGAGAGCGUGGAGGAGAAUGCCAAUGUUGUGGUACGUCUGCUCAUCCGUCGCCCCGAGUGCUUCGGCCCGGCUCUGAGAGGCGAGGGUGGUAACGGUCUGCUGGCUGCCAUGGAGGAGGCCAUCAAGAUCUCUGAGGACCCAGCGAGGGAUGGACCGACGGUUAAAAAAGACAGGCGAUUCAUGUUUGGUGGUGAGGAGCAGCAUGAAGAGAACCGUGUGCACCUGGGAAAUGCCAUCAUGUCCUUCUACUCAGCGCUUAUUGAUCUGCUGGGUCGCUGCGCCCCUGAGAUGCAUCUGAUCCAAGCAGGCAAAGGUGAAGCUCUCAGAAUCAGGGCUAUUCUGAGGUCUCUGGUGCCCAUAGAGGAUCUGGUGGGAGUUAUCAGCUUGCCUGUGCAAAUUCCCGCCUACGGCAAAGAUAGCCAGAUUAUUGAGCCAAAGAUGUCAGCCAGUUUUGUGCCAGACCAUAAGGCCUCCAUGGUGCUGUUCCUCGACAGAGUGUACGGCAUCGACAAUCAGGACUUCUUGCUGCAUGUGCUGGAGGUCGGCUUCCUGCCUGACAUGAGAGCUGCAGCGUCUCUGGAUACGGUGGCAUUCAGUACGACGGAAAUGGCCUUGGCACUGAACCGCUACCUCUGCUCAGCUGUUCUGCCUCUUCUCACCAAGUGUGCCCCGUUGUUUGCUGGCACGGACCACCGAGCCAUCAUGAUCGACUCCAUGCUUCACACCAUUUACCGCCUGUCCCGAGGCCGAGCCCUUACCAAGGCUCAGAGGGACGUCAUCGAGGAGUGCCUCAUGUCGCUCUGCAAGUACCUCAGACCCUCGAUGCUGCAGCAUCUGCUCAGAAGGCUGGUGUUUGAUGUACCCAUCCUGAAUGAAUAUGCAAAGAUGCCUCUCAAGCUGUUGACCAAUCACUACGAGCGCUGUUGGAAAUACUACUGCCUACCAAAUGGAUGGGCAAACUUUGGAGUGACCUCUGAGGAGGAGUUGCAUCUUUCUCGGAAACUCUUUUGGGGAAUCUUUGAAUCGUUGGCACACAAGAAAUUUGAUGCAGAGCUUUUCAAGAUCGCCAUGCCUUGCCUCUGCGCUAUAGCGGGAGCCAUCCCUCCUGACUACGUGGACGCCACCUACUCUUCUCACACUGAGAAAAAAGCCUCGGUGGAUGCUGAAGGCAACUUUGAUCCCAAACCAGUGGAGACCACCAACACGAUCAUCCCAGAGAGGCUGGAUCUUUUCAUCAACAAGUAUGCAGAGCACACUCAUGAUAAAUGGGCUUUUGAAAAGAUUCAGAACAACUGGACUUACGGAGAAGUCUUAGACGAGAACGCAAAGACUCACCCGAUGCUGCGGCCGUACAAAACUUUCUCUGAGAAGGACAAGGAGAUCUACCGUUGGCCCAUUAAAGAAUCCAUCAAAGCCAUGCUGGCGUGGGAGUGGACGCUGGAGAAAGCAAGGGAUGGAGAAGGAGAGGUGGAGAAGAAGGCUGCAACACGCAAGAUCUCCCAAACUGCUCAGGCCACUUAUGAUCCCAGUCAUGGCUACAACCCUCAGCCAAUAGACAUCGCCGGGAUGGCCCUGUCCAGAGAGCUGCAGUCUAUGGCCGAGCAGCUGGCAGAGAACUACCACAACACCUGGGGCAGGAAGAAGAAGAUGGAGCUACAGGCUAAAGGUGGAGGCACCCACCCUUUGCUUGUACCAUACGACACCCUGACGGCUAAGGAGAAGGCCCGGGACAGGGAGAAAGCCCAGGACCUGCUGAAGUUCCUCCAGCUCAACGGAUAUGCUGUGACAAGGGGUCUAAAGGACAUGGAGCAGGAUAUUUCUUCCAUUGAGAAGCGUUUUGCAUAUGGAUUCCUUCAGAAGCUUCUCAAAUGGAUGGAUAUUGCCCAGGAGUUCAUUGCUCAUCUUGAGGCUGUUGUUAGCAGUGGUCGAGUAGAGAAGUCGCCACAUGAGCAGGAGAUCAAAUUCUUUGCCAAGAUCCUCUUGCCACUGGUAAAUCAGUACUUCAAGAACCACUGCCUGUACUUCCUCUCUACUCCUGCCAAACUACUGGGUAGUGGAGGCCAUUCCUCCAACAAGGAGAAGGAGAUGAUUGCCAGUAUCUUCUGUAAGUUGGCUGCUUUGGUGAGGCACAGAGUAUCUCUUUUUGGAACGGAUGCAGGUGCUGUGGUAAACUGUCUACACAUUCUCUCACGGUCACUGGAUGCCAGGACUGUUAUGAAGUCUGGCCCUGAGAUCGUGAAGGCAAUCCUGCGGCAGUUCUUUGAGAGUGCUGCAGAUGACAUUGAGAAGAUGGUGGAGAAUCUGAAACUGGGCAAAGUGUCCAGUCGAAACCAGGUUAAAGGUGUGUCUCAGAACAUCAACUACACCACCACCGCCUUACUGCCCGUCCUCACUUCGCUGUUUGACCACAUCGCCCAGUUCCAGUUCGGAGAUGACGUCAUCUUGGAUGAUCUGCAAAUAUCCUGCUAUCGUUUGAUGUGUAGUAUCUACUCUCUGGGAACUGUGAAGACUCCACAUGUAGAGAAACAACGUCCAGCUCUCGGCGAGUGCUUGGCCCACUUAGCAGCUGCGAUGCCAGUAGCCUUCCUCGAGCCAGUACUGAAUGAAUUCAACUCGUUCUCCGUUUACACGACCAAGACUCCCCGCGAGAGAACCAUUCUGGGGAUCCCCAAUCAAGUGGAAGAGCUGUGUCCUGACAUCCCAGAGCUGGAGAUCCUGAUGAAGGAGAUCCAUGACCUGGCCGAGUCUGGAGCUCGCUACACAGAAAUGCCACAUGUGAUUGAGAUAACUCUGCCAAUGCUGUGUAACUACCUCCCACGCUGGUGGGAGAGAGGCCCGGAGAACUUCCCUGAGCAGGAAGGCGAGCUGUGCACCGCCGUCACCUCCGAGCAUCUCAACCAGCUGCUGGGCAGCAUCAUGAAGAUCGUGGUCAACAACCUGGGUAUUGAUGAAGCCUCCUGGAUGAAGAGAUUAGCAGUUUUCUCCCAGCCCAUCGUCAGCAGAGCCAAACCAGAGAUGCUUAAAUCCCACUUCAUCCCCACCAUGGAAAAACUAAAGAAGCGUGCAGGAAAGGUGGUGGCAGAGGAGGAACACCUGCGCAUGGAGGGCAAAACAGAGGUGGACAGUGAAAAUGGGACAAUUCGGGAUGAGUUUGCCGUGCUUUGUCGGGACUUGUACGCUCUCUACCCCUUACUCAUCCGCUAUGUGGACAAUAACAGGGCGAGGUGGUUGACUUGUCCAGAUCCAGAUUCAGAAGAACUUUUCAGGAUGGUAGGAGAGGUGUUCAUCUUCUGGUCUAAAUCCCAUAACUUUAAGAGGGAGGAGCAGAACUUUGUGGUGAUGAAUGAGAUCAACAACAUGUCCUUCCUCACUGCUGACAGUAAGAGCAAGAUGAGCAAGGCUGGAGAUGGAGAGUCUGGAGGUUCGGAGCAGGAGCGUACCAAGAAGAAGCGGCGUGGGGAUCGAUACUCUGUGCAGACCUCCCUGAUUGUAGCAGCGUUGAAGAAGAUGCUCCCCAUCGGCCUGAACAUGUGCUCUCCUGCUGACCAGGAACUCAUCAAUCUGGCCAAGAUCAGAUACUCACUGAAAGACACAGAUGAAGAGGUGAGGGAGUUCUUGCACAACAACAUGCAUCUGCAAGGCAAGGUGGAAGACCCAGCUAUGCGCUGGCAGAUGUCUCUUUAUAAGGAGAGGUCUGGAAAGGCUGAAGAUGCCGAGGAUCCUGAGAAGGUGGUGAAAAGGGUCCAAGAGGUGUCAGCGGUCCUUUACCACAUUGAGGUGACUGAGCAUCCCUUCAAGUCAAAGAAAAUGGUGUGGCACAAGCUGCUGUCGAAGCAGCGUCGCAGGGCGGUGGUGGCCUGUUUCAGGAUGACACCCUUGUACAACAUCCCCAAGCACAGGGCAACCAACAUGUUCUUGAAUGCCUACAAGCGUAACUGGUUAGAAACUGAGGGUUACUCGUUUGAAGACAAGAUGAUUGAUGACCUAUCAAAAGCCUUGGAGGAAGAGGAGGAAGAGGAAGAGGAGACCGAGACAAAACCCGACCCCCUUCAUCAGCUGAUUCUUCAUUUCAGCCGCACGGCUCUCACAGAAAAGACUAAACUUGACAUUGACCAUCUUUAUAUGUCAUAUGCUGAUAUUAUGGCAAAGAGCUGCCACAUUGGUGAGGAGGACGAAGGGGGAGAACAAGAGGGGGAGGAGCCAUCCUUUGAGGUGCGACAGACAGAGAUGGAAAAGGAGAUGGAGAAACAGCGGCUUCUGUACCAGCAGUCCCGUCUACACGACCGUGGGGCUGCAGAGAUGGUGCUGCAGAUGAUCAGCGCCUGUAAAGGCGAACCUGGAGUCAUGGUUUCUUCCACACUUAAACUGGGAAUCUCCAUCCUCAAUGGAGGCAACAGUGAUGUACAGCAGAGAAUGCUGGACUAUUUGAAGGAUAAAAAGGAUGUGGGAUUCUUCCUUAGCGUUCAGGCUCUGAUGCAGACCUGCAGUGUUUUGGACUUGAAUGCAUUUGAGAGGCAGAACAAAGCAGAGGGACUUGGGAUGGUUUCAGAGGAGGGCACUAAUAUGAAGCUAGAACGUGACGAGAAAGUGAUGGCAGACGAUGAAUUUACGUGCGACCUCUUCCGCUUCCUGCAGCUUCUUUGUGAAGGCCAUAAUAACGACUUUCAGAACUACCUGCGAACCCAAACAGGCAGCACCACCACCAUCAACGUUAUCAUCUGCACCGUGGACUACCUGCUUCGACUGCAGGAGUCCAUCAGUGACUUCUACUGGUAUUACUCAGGAAAAGACAUCAUCGAUGAGCCUGGUAAGAGGAAUUUCUCCAAAGCAAUGACAGUAGCCAAGCAAGUCUUCAACAGCUUGACUGAGUACAUCCAGGGUCCCUGCACCGGUAACCAGCAGUCUCUGGCCCACAGCAGGUUGUGGGACGCGGUGGUUGGUUUCCUGCACGUCUUCGCUCAUAUGAUGAUGAAACUUGCACAGAUGCACCCUGAUCCUGGACAGCGAAAUGGCGAUCAUUUUUGGAGUAGAACUCACUCGGAGGACUCCAGUCAAAUUGGCCUGCUGAAGGAACUGUUAGACCUGCAGAAAGACAUGGUGGUGAUGCUGCUGUCCCUCCUUGAAGGAAACGUGGUGAAUGGCACCAUCGCCAGGCAGAUGGUUGACAUGUUGGUGGAGUCCUCCAGCAACGUGGAGAUGAUCCUCAAGUUCUUCGACAUGUUUCUGAAGCUCAAAGACAUCGUGGCGUCGGAUGCUUUCCGCGACUACGUGACUGACCCACGUGGGCUCAUCUCCAAGAAGGACUUCUCCAAAGCCAUGGACAGCCAGAAGCAGUACUCCCCGUCAGAAAUCCAGUUCCUCCUCUCCUGCUCAGAGGCCGAUGAGAAUGAAAUGAUCAACUUUGAGGAAUUUGCGGAUCGUUUCCAGGAGCCGGCCAAAGACAUCGGUUUUAACAUCGCAGUUCUGCUCACCAACCUGUCGGAGCACGUGCCCCACGACACUCGGCUGCAGAACUUCCUGGAGCAGGCCGAGAGCGUGCUCAACUACUUCCGCCCGUUCCUCGGCCGGAUCGAGAUCAUGGGAGCCAGCAAGAGGAUUGAGCGCAUCUACUUCGAGAUCAGCGAGGCCAACCGCAACCAGUGGGAGAUGCCGCAGGUCCGAGAGUCCAAGAGGCAGUUCAUCUUCGACGUGGUCAACGAGGGCGGCGAGAGCGAGAAGAUGGAGAUGUUCGUCAACUUCUGUGAGGACACCAUUUUUGAGAUGAACAUCGCGGCGUCCAUCUCUGAGCCUGAGGGAGAGGGUGAAGAAGAGGAAGACGAGGAGGAGGAAGAAGAGGGUGGAGGAGAUGAGGGAGAGUCUGGAGAAGGAGAUGAAGGCAAUGGAGAGGGUGCAGUUCCAGAGUCAGCCUCAGCCUUUGGAGAAUUCCUGAAGAGCGUGGUUAACUUUUUCAAUAUGUUUACCUUCCGGAACCUCCGGCGCCGCUACCGCAAACUGAGGAAGAUGACGGUGAAGGAGAUGGUGGUCGGCCUGGUAACGUUUGUCUACACCAUUCUCAUGGGCAUCCUCAUAUUUGUCUAUAACAUAUGUAAGGGCUCCUUCACCCUCAUAUGGAAAGUUCUGUUUGGUGGAGGCUUGGUAGAAGGUGCCAAGAAGAUGACGGUGACGGAGAUCCUAGCCAGCAUGCCGGACCCAACUCAAGAUGAAGUUCAUGGAGACCUGCCACCUGAACCAGGAGCCAGAGAGGUCCACGAUGCCGAAGGAGGGACAGACCACUUGGAUACUGUUGGAGGAGAAGAGGAAGAGGAGGGUGGUGAAGAAGGGGAAGGUGGACGCUUGCCUGGUUUUGAUACUCCUGGUGGACUUGGAGACUUUGGAGAGACGACAACGGAGGAGCCUCCGACUCCAGAAGGAACGCCGCUGCUGAAAAGGAAACUGCUGGCGGCUGCAGUGGGAGGACAAGGGGAGGAAGAACAACCUGGAGUAGAACCUGUAGAGGAGGUCCCUCAGGAGACCGAGAAAGCAGACACUGAGAAUGGAGAGAAGGCCGAGAAAGCAGAACCUGAGCCUGAGGUGAAGGAGGAGGAGCCUCCGCAGGUGGAGGAAGAGGAGGAGAAAACGGUGAAGACUAAGGCGAAGAAGGACAAGAAACCUCCCGAACAGGGCUCUGAGCUGUGGAACGAGCUGGAGGUCCAGAGGAUUAAAUUCAUGAACUACCUCUCUCGCAACUUCUACAACUUCCGGUUCUUGGCUCUGUUCAUCGCCUUCGCUCUCAAUUUCAUCCUGCUUUUCUACAAGGUGUCUGACAGUCCUCCAGGUGAGGAGGAGUUUGAGGGAUCUGGUCUGUUUGAGGGAUCUGGCCUGUUUGAAGGCUCUGGUGCUGAGGAAGAUGGGUCUGGAUUAGAAGAAGGAGGAGAGGAUGAUGAUGAAGAGGGACCCUUGUACUACUUCUUGGAAGAGAGCACAGGCUACAUGGAGCCAGCCUUAGCUUUCCUCGCCAUAACCCACACCAUCAUUUCCUUCCUCUGCAUCAUCGGCUACAACUGCCUCAAGGUCCCUCUGGUCAUCUUUAAAAGAGAGAAGGAGCUGGCCAGAAAGCUGGAGUUUGAUGGCCUCUAUGUCACUGAGCAGCCUGAGGAUGAUGAUAUCAAGGGCCAGUGGGACCGACUGGUGCUCAACACUCCGACGUUCCCCAACAACUACUGGGACAAGUUUGUCAAAAGAAAGGUUCUGGAUAAAUAUGGCGACAUCUACGGCAGAGAGAGAAUCGCGGAGCUGCUCGGCAUGGACUUGGCAUCGCUUGACGUCAGCGCCAUGACGCAUGGAAAGAAGCCGGAACCUGACACCUCAAUGUUCAGCUGGAUAACUUCUAUUGACAUCAAAUACCAGAUCUGGAAGUUUGGUGUGGUCUUUACUGAUAAUACCUUCCUCUACCUGGUCUGGUACAUGUUAAUGUCUCUGCUGGGACACUACAACAACUUCUUCUUUGCCUGCCACCUUCUGGACAUCGCCAUGGGAGUCAAAACCCUGCGCACCAUUUUGUCCUCUGUCACCCACAACGGCAAACAGCUGGUGAUGACGGUGGGUCUGCUGGCCGUCGUGGUGUAUCUCUACACCGUGGUGGCCUUCAACUUCUUCCGCAAGUUCUACAACAAGAGUGAAGACGAGGACGAGCCAGACAUGAAGUGUGAUGACAUGAUGACGUGUUACCUGUUCCACAUGUAUGUCGGCGUGCGUGCUGGCGGUGGCAUUGGAGACGAGAUCGAGGACCCGGCCGGGGAUGAAUACGAGCUCUACCGCGUGGUCUUUGACAUCACCUUCUUCUUCUUUGUUAUCGUCAUCCUGCUGGCUAUCAUCCAGGGUUUGAUCAUUGAUGCCUUUGGAGAGCUGAGAGACCAGCAGGAGCAGGUCAGGGAGGACAUGGAGACAAAAUGCUUUAUCUGUGGAAUAGGAAGCGACUACUUUGAUACAACGCCGCAUGGCUUUGAGACACACACCUUAGAAGAGCAUAAUUUAGCCAACUACAUGUUCUUCUUGAUGUAUCUUAUCAAUAAAGAUGAAACAGAACACACAGGACAGGAGUCCUACGUUUGGAAGAUGUACCAAGAGCGAUGCUGGGACUUCUUCCCCGCUGGAGACUGCUUCCGGAAGCAGUAUGAGGACCAGCUUGGAUAAAUUCCUGAAUCUUCCAUUUAUGUCUCUGAUGGGGAAUGGUGGGAGAGAGGAGAAAAAUUCCAGAGAAAGAUUUGAAAUGUUAAAAUCAAACACAUCUGUGUCUUAGUUCUGUGUCUUGUCUGCUCAUUUCCCCAUCUCCUCGAGCUAUGCACACUCCAACUGCACUUUUAUACCACCUGCAGCAGAAUGUUGAUCAAAUUGAUUAAAGAAAAGUAGAAUAAUCAUAUCAGAGAGACACAAGAAGACACAAAUCCAGGAGCCUUUUUAUUCUGCUGUGAAUUCAUGGCCUUUUCUGUGUAGCUCCUACAUGGAACGCCUUGCAAAUCAACAUGAAAAACUCUCUUAGCUGCUACUGCUGUUAUAGUGCCUAUAACAAAGUCACCGCUUCAGCUCUCAGAUAGUUUAAACUACUUCGUUUAAGUUUAAAGUGGUUAUGUCUUAUAGUUUUUAAGAUUUUUUUUCUCUUUCGGUAUGUGAGAGUGGGAUCUCUGAGGGAGCCCCAGACAAAUCGGCCCCUCUCGCUCCUUUUCUCUCAAGACACAAAACUCGUCUUCACGAGUGGGGACGAAUGAAACUACUUGGACUGACUUGAUAAGUUAAAAACAAGCCUCAUCUGAGUAUUUUGCAUAUUUUGAUGUGAUCAGAUGAACCAGGUUAAAGUUCUGAAGUCUUACAACGCGUCCCUGGAUGUAUGUGGUCCCAUUUCCACUGGUGUCUUUGUGCUGUGUAAACCAGCGAUGAUGUGCACACAUACAGAACAGGAGGAUGCUGAGAUUAUUUAUUUCUUAUGUGCAGACUGAACCUCCGGAAGACGGCCAUCCAUAUAUCAGACUGACAUCUUACACGAAUAAGCUUGUCCCUGCAUUGAAAUGAAUGAUGAAUGUAUUUAAUGAGAACAUUUUGGCCAAAGUGUCAUUUGUACAACCGAGGAAAGACCAGGCUCUUCACGGGCCUUCUUAAGAAAAGGCAUAUUUUACAUAAACCAUAGAUACAUAUAUUUAUUUUUUCUUUAGGGCUUUGUGGAAUUGAAUUGAUCCAUGCUUCUUUUUCAGACAUGAAGGCAUCGUGUCUCGUUUGUGAAACCCACGGUGGUGAAGAGAACUAGUCUUACGAUGAAGAAUACGCCCAGUUUGCAGUCAGAAGAGACUAUUCGCUUUUGUUUUUUGCGAGUUAGGUUUUUACAAUAGAUAUUUUUAGGAAUUCAGCAUAUCAAUUAUUUUUCUCAAUCAAAAAAGAAAAAAAAAGAAAAAAAAAGUUGUGUGUGAUGCAUUGAUCUCAGACAGUUCCAUCUCACCUCCUUUCUUUCAGAUCACAUGAACACUCAGUAACUCGCCUUAUUUUCAGUGUUAGACUUGUCAGAGACGGAGCAGUGUGUCGGUAGCUGAUGACUCUGAAGUGUGUGUUUGCUGCUGUGGUCGCUACAGAGGCAGUGGAUGGUAUGGAGCUUAAUGGAGAUCACUGCUUUCCACUUGAUUGAGUGUCCUCUGACUGAACCCUGUGUUUCAAUACAGAAUAAACAGAUUAUUUUAAGGAAAAUCUGA